AUGUCCAACAAUAUGAAUAAACAUCGACACAAUAAGCCAGUUAGAACAGAACCGUAUCAAAAGCACAAUAGUAGUAAAUGGCAACAAAUUGUAGUCGGAGCUAGUUCAGCAGCAGGAACAACUGCAGCUAUUAUUAGUGAAGAAAGUAUGAAGUGCUUAAAAUACUGCCUUUAUUGGCUACAAUAUGCCAUACAACAUAUUGAGCAGCAAAUGACAUUAAUCAAGAAUUAUUUGGUAUCAGCAGCACAGUCUAAUCGACUAUUAGCCACGCCUCACCAAAGGACCACAUCUCAUCAAAGAAGUUCAGUGCUAUCAUCUAUUAAAAGAGACAUUGUCCAUACACUAAGAAAAGUAGUUGAAGUCAUUAGUAAAUAUGCUGGUGCAUCUUUACCAUCACAAGCAAGACAAACCGUUAGAGGAUUUAUUCUUAAUUUACCAGAAAGAUGGGCUACACUCAACGAUAUUCACUCAACAACCACCUCACCCGCUCUAUCACCCAUGCUACUGCCCACAUCUACCUUAUCCUCACCAGGUCCAGGCACGCCCGAUCACAAUAAACAAGAGGAGGCAGCGAUCAAAUUAUUGACAUUUGGUCAAGAAUCUAUUGAAAUGUUGAACUCUGUGGAAACUAUCUUUUCCGAUACCGUCGAUCGAGCUGAAUUAUGGAUUGAUCGACUAAAGAUGGUACCUGGAAUAAACAGUUCUAGCACAACAACAGCAGAAAUACCAGAGGACGUUAAACUGCCUCCUAUUCGAAAUUUAAAGCUUGAUCAUUAA